AUGUCAGGAAGAGCCGAUCGGGCUAGUAAGAAGCAGAGGAGGCUCAGUACGGAUUCCGAGGGCACGGAGGAGGGCUACGAUUGGGCCGGCCUGAAAGGAGAACCAUCAAAGGCUGGGAAAGCGGCGGAGAGGAGCAAGAACAAAAUUCGUGGAUUGGUUGGACGACGCGUUUGCGGGAGGCAAAGAAAGCCAGGCGCGGGUAGUUCUUUGGAUGUAUUACCCUGCACGCGCCUUCCUCAUCUGCUGCUUCCCGCGAGCCGUCACGACCGCAUCGCAUCUCAGCUUAUCGAGGCGACGACCCGAACACCAACUUAUCUCCGGCCGAGCCCCCUCCCAAUCCUCCAGCCUCAAAUCUUUUUAUCCCACGUUCUAUCCAUUAUGCCAGCCCGUCGCAGUCAGCGGAAGAGCUCGUCCGCAACAAAGGCCAAAGAGGUAAUUGCUGAUGUUAUCAUUGACAGACCAUCGCGAUCAAGUCGCAAGGCGGCGGAAACUUCUUCAGCUGUCGUCUCACGUGCUCCUCCAGGAAGUUCAACCCGGGGAUUGAGUCUCACCGUCAAAACUUCAGCCAACAAGCUUAGAGAAGCGACGCGCUCUAGCCCGUUGAAUCAGUCUGUCACGGUGAAUAGCAGGGAAUCCUUCACUGGGGGUGAGAUUAUUGAAGGCAAGAGGUCUAGAAAUGUCAGAAAGAGCUAUGUUUUGGAGUCGGAUAGCGACGAGGAUGAGGAAAUGGAGGAUGUGAAUGAUCAAGAUGCCGAGGGGGAUAGUCUAGAGGAUGAGGAGGACAUAGAUGCCGAGGAUGAUGGAUUAGGUGACGACGAUGCGGAUGGUGAUGUCGAUAUGGACAUCGCGCCGCCUCCACCAACCAUCAAAAUCUCCAAAGCCCAGUCCGGAAAGCAGACCAUUACGGCCAAACCAUCUUCUAAACCUGACAACAAAACUGUCGAGCAAAAGGAGGUCGAAUUGGGCAGUGACGACGAGGAGUUGAGUGAACUGGAGAGCGACCUAGAAGAAGAGGUUGAAGAAGAGGGUAUGCAAACGGGCAAUGAGGAAGAUGCCGAAGGCGAGGAAGAGGAAAUCGAGGUCGAAGAGGAGGCUGAAGAGGAAGAUGAACUAGAUAGCGAUCUUGAGACACCAGGAGGUGGCAGCCGUGCUUCAACCCCAGAUCUCAACAAAUUGACCAAGCGACAACGCGCACGACUUGAGGAGGGCGGAAGCGGGCAUCUAUUAGCCCUGCCAGAUGGUAAAGCCCUAGAUCCACUCUCCUAUGAUAUACUAACAAACCACAGAGGUCCAAGUAAAGAAGCACCUGACGGCAGAAGAGCACGCUAUGCGUCGUGCCGAAAUGGCUCGCCGAAGAAAGAACUUGAGCGAGAAGCGCAACGAGGAGGAAAAGGCUUGCAUACCUCCGCGGUCCACAUCUUGAAUACUACUAAUCUUUCACAGAUGGAAACAAUCAACAAGCUCCUCAAAAAGCAAGCUCCCAAAACCAACGCUCGCCGCAAAGACCUGAAUGGCGAAUUCACCCCCGACGACGAUGUCCAGAAACCUAGGCCGCAAUUUGUACGAUGGGUGAGCAACAAGGACGGCAACCGUAUUGGCGUACCGGAAGAGUGGUUGGAAGCUCCGAUCGGUAGUAUGUUUCAGAAUACUGUCAAGGGAGCUGGAAUGGGUGGCAAGUUGAUUGAAGAAGUGUCAUAG